CAGUUGACGGCGAGUUGGUGCUGCACUGCACAACCAGAAAAGAAAGAAAAGACCAGCAGAGAAGGAAGCAACAGCAGCGGCUGCGGCUGCGGCUGCUCUGCUUUCUGCUCUCCCAAUCAAUCCAUCCACCAAUCAAUCCCUAAAUUGCCCUUCCUUUCUUGCUUCCUUCCCCCCCAAAAGUUGCUUUCUUUCUUGCUCAAUUCGGGUGGGUGCUCCAAUCCAAUCCAAUCCUCGCUCAGAUCUGCGUCGCGCAUGAGGAGGAGGCUCCUGCCGCCGCCGUCGUCGUCCAGCUGAGCGGCAGCACCAUACUACUUGGGCCGACGAGGGAGGGAGGGAGGAAGAUGCGCAUGCGGGUGCUGCCGGCGCUCAACGGCCCCGCCGCAGCCGCAGCGCCGCCGACGGCUCCUCCUCCUCUUCCUUCGGAAGCUGCACCGGCUCCGGCUCCGGCGCCUGCUCCGCCGCCUCCGGCUACCUACGCGGUCUACCUCAACAUCUACGACAUCUCCCCCAUCAACAACUACCUCUACUGGUUCGGCCUCGGAAUCUUCCACUCCGCCGUCGAAGUGCAUGGAAUGGAGUUUGGGUAUGGAGCCCAUGAAUACGCGACCAGCGGAGUGUUCCAAGUAGAACCGAAAAGCUGUCCUGGUUUUAUCUUCAGGCGCUCCGUGUGUAUGGGUACCACCAAUAUGUCCCGGGCUGAAGUUCGCACUUUCCUUGAGGAUCUUGCAGAGGAUUAUCAUGGGGACACUUAUCACUUGAUUGUCAAGAACUGUAACCAUUUCACAGCUGACGUCUGCAAGCGUUUGACCGGAAAGCCAACUCCUGGAUGGGUGAAUCGACUUGCCAGAUUAGGUUCCGUCUGCAACUGUGUGCUGCCAGAAAACAUCAAGGUUUCAGCGGUCAGAGAUGAAACUGCACACCUUGAAUUUUCCGAUGACGAUUUGGAGUCGGACACGUCGAUGGUCGACGACAGCGACAUCGGUGAUUUGGAUCACCUCCUAACAACACCAAACAGCGACGUCAUACCCCCAAAAGACAAGACGUUAACUCCUGGAAGAGAGAGCUUGUAAUUGUUUCAGGUUAUUUAUGAACAACAUUACCUGCUUCUGGGUUGUUUGCUGGGGAUGGGAGAUCUUAGCCGUGGUGCCGGUGUCCUCUUUGCGAAUGACGGUGGCAGAUACUGAUACUGAUCCGGUUAAAGUCGCUGCUACAUAUAUGUUGAUGUUGAUGUAGAGAGGGAGGUACCAUAGUGGGUGUGGUUUGUCUAAUUGUGGCGAAGGCCAAGUUAACCAACAGGGGACGUGUGAGAUGGUUGCGUGCAUAGUUGAUUGUAACUGUUGAUUGUUUUUGAGAGUAGAGUGCAGCUGUAUAGUAUUUGUGUAACUAGCUGUUGGGUUUAUUUCAUGGCGAUUGACAAUUGUUUUGUUGUGUAAGUACAAGAUCGAAAUGGCUUGACUUGGUGUGCUGUUCCCUUCACUGAAAUUGAUGCAGCAAUGAGGGUAGUAAA